UGCUGCUCUCUGCAUGUGUAUACCUCUAUGUGUGCGGGAGCGCGUGUGUGCGUGUGUGUGUGCGCGCGCGGUUCUUCUUCUUCUUUUUUUUCAACCCCGCAGAUCUGGAUGCGGGACCGAGGAGGCAACACACACACACACACACGCACACACACACACACGCACAUACACACGGAGUCAUGGAUAAAGCUCGCGGACGCCCAGAAGCCACUUUGGAUUUAAUGUGAUGUCGCGGGAUCGAAGUUGAAGGAUAAUAAAGGGCGACCGUUCAAUCAACCGCAACCCGGCAGGAGAAAAGAGGAGAAGAAAGACAAAGAGAGAGUGAGAGAGAGAGAGAGAGAGAGAGAAAGAGAGAGAGACAGAGAGAGAGAGAGAGAGAGAGAGAGAGAGAGGAGGACAGGACCUGCUGCGAUGUCCACUCCGAUUCUGGAGCUCUGUGGAGGAGAGACGAUGCUGGAAUAAAGUUGAGCACUAUGGGGUUUUCCGGCUUGGCAUUCCUGACGGUCACGGCUCUCCUCACCCUGGUGGGCGUGGUGCACGCCGCUGAGAAGGUUCCCAUACUGAACAUUGCCGUGAUCCUGGGCCAAACGCGUUACAUCUCGGACCGGGACAUCCGAGCCCUGUGGAGCAAGGACGACCCGAUCGACGUCAACGUGGUCACGCUGCUGGUCAAUGAAACGGAUCCGAAGAGCAUCAUCACUCAUGUCUGCGACCUCAUGUCUGGGACUAAGAUCCACGGCGUGGUGUUUGGCGACGGCACCGACCAGGAAGCCAUUGCCCAGAUUUUGGAUUUUAUUUCCUCGCAGACGUUGAUACCCAUCCUGGGGAUUCACGGUGGCUCGUCCAUGAUCAUGGCGGAUAAGGAUGUGAAGUCAACGUUCUUCCAGUUUGGAGCGUCCAUCCAGCAAGAGGCACUGCUGAUGCUGAACAUCAUGGAGGAAUACGACUGGCACGUGUUCUCCAUUGUGACGAGCAAGUUCCCUGGAUACCAGGACUUCAUUGCCGUUCUUAAGACCACGGUGGACAACAGCUUUGUGGGAUGGGACCUGCAGCACACCAUCACACUGGAUGCGGUGGAAGGCGUGGAUGGAGGACGGGCUCAGCUCCAGCUCAAGAAGUUGCAGUCGCCCGUCGUCCUGCUCUACUGCUCCAAAGACGAAGCUGCGUACAUCCUGGAAGAGGCGCGCUCGCUCGGACUCACUGGUUUCGGAUACAUCUGGAUCGUACCCAGUUUGACCACGGGCAACCCAGACAUAAUGCCAGACGAGUUCCCAUCAGGCAUGAUCUCCGUCUCCUACGACGAUUGGGACUAUCCUCUGGAAGCACGGGUGCGAGAUGGGCUUGGGAUCAUCACCACAGCAGCGGCGGCCAUGUUGAAGGAGUUUGGUGACAUUCCUGAAGCCAAGACCAGCUGCUAUGGGCAGAUGGAGAAGGCCAAGCUGCCGCCAAGUGCACUUCACAAGUACAUGAUGAACGUGACGUGGGACGGCCGGGAUUUGUCCUUCACCGAGGAUGGCUAUCAGGAGAAUCCCAAACUGGUCGUCAUCGUCCUGAACAAGGACCGUGAAUGGGAGAAGAUGGGUAAAUGGGAGAACCACAGUCUGACGCUGAAGUACCCGGUGUGGCCGCGCUUCAACUCCUUUGGUGACGCGGAGACGGACGAUAAUCACCUGAGCAUCGUGACUUUAGAGGAGAAGCCCUUCGUCAUCGUGGAGAACGUGGAACGUCUGACGGGAACCUGCAUGCGGAACUCAGUGCCUUGCCGCAAGCACAUCAAAGAUAAUUCCACCGAAGGAGGAGGAACUUACAUCAAAAAAUGCUGCAAGGGCUUCUGCAUCGACAUCCUCAAGAAGAUCGCCAGGAACGUCAAGUUCACCUAUGACCUUUACCUGGUGACCAACGGGAAGCAUGGGAAGAAGAUCAACAACGUGUGGAACGGCAUGGUGGGAGAGGUGGUGUAUAAGAAAGCCGUCAUGGCCGUGGGCUCGCUGACGAUCAAUGAGGAGCGCUCGGAGGUCAUCGAUUUCUCUGUUCCUUUUGUGGAGACCGGGAUUAGCGUGAUGGUGUCCCGCAGCAAUGGCACCGUCUCUCCCUCUGCCUUUCUGGAGCCCUUCAGUGCAUCCGUGUGGGUGAUGAUGUUCGUCAUGCUGCUCCUGGUCACCGCCAUGGCUGUGUUCAUGUUCGAGUACAUCAGCCCUCUGGGUUUUAACAGGAACCUGGCCCAGGGCAAAGACCCACACGGACCCUCGUUCACCAUGGGCAAGGCGGUGUGGCUGCUCUGGGGUCUGGUCUUCAACAACUCCGUCCCUGUGCAGAACCCCAAAGGCACCACUAGCAAGUUCAUCGUGUCCGUGUGGGCCUUCUUCGCCGUCAUCUUCCUCGCCAGCUACACUGCCAACCUGGCCGCCUUCAUGAUCCAGGAGGAGUUUGUGGACCAGGUGACAGGACUGAGUGACAACAAGUUCCAGAGCCCGUACUCCUAUUCUCCACCUUUCCGAUUCGGGACAGUCCCUAACGGCAGCACGGAGCGGAACAUCCGUAAGAAUUAUCCGGACAUGCACCAGUAUAUGAUCAAGUACCAUCAGACAGGAGUGACGGAUGCACUGGUUAGCCUGAAGACCGGCAAACUGGAUGCGUUUAUUUACGACGCGGCUGUACUGAACUACAUGGCUGGUCGGGAUGAAGGCUGCAAGCUCGUGACCAUUGGAAGUGGCUACAUCUUUGCUACUACAGGUUACGGAAUUGCGUUACAGAAAGGCUCCCCCUGGAAACGCCAAGUGGACCUGGCCAUUUUGGCCAUCAUUGGUGACGGUGAAAUGGAGGAACUGGAGGCCCAGUGGCUGACCGGGAUCUGCCACAAUGAAAAGAAUGAGGUCAUGAGCAGUCAGCUAGAUGUAGACAACAUGGCCGGGGUAUUUUACAUGCUGGCUACGGCUAUGGGUCUCAGCCUAAUCACCUUUGUGUGGGAGCAUCUGUUCUACUGGAGGCUUCGCUACUGCUUCACAGGAGUGUGUUCAGGAAAGCCAGGCCUGCUCUUCAGCAUCAGCAGGGGUAUUUGGAGUUGCAUUCAUGGAGUCCAUAUUGAUAUGAAGAAAAAGUCCCCAGACUUGGAUUUCAGUCCUCAGGCCAACAUGCUGAAGCUUAUCAAGUCAGCCAAGCAGAUGACAAAUAUGACCAACUUAAGUGGUUCAAGAGUAAAUUCACCCAAACGCAGUGGCGAGUUCGUGCACUCAGCCGGGCCCAUGAUCAUGGAUCUGAUGUCAGAGAAAGGAAACUUUGUCUACACUGACAGCCGAAGCUAUGCCCAAAAAGACGUCUAUGCUGACUCUAGUGACAUCCAGAGCUACCUGGCUAACCGGCACAAAGACCACCUGAACAACUACAUCUUCCAGGGCCAACACCCACUUACACUAAAUGAGUCCAACCCCAACACCGUAGAGGUGGCUAUGAGUGCAGAUGCAGCUCAGACUGCUGCAAAACCCAGGGCUCUUUGGAAAAAGUCUGUGGAUACAUUACGACAAAGCCAGACACCUGACAUGCUGGUUCCAGACCCCCGUCUGUCCAUGAAGAGUCAGCGCUACCUGCCAGAGGAGGCAGCCCACUCCGACAUCUCUGACUGCUCAAGCAGAGCCGCCUCUUACAAGGAUCCCGAGAACAACAAGCACCUGAAACCAAAGGACAGCUUAAAAAAAAGAUCGAUGACGUCAAAAUACCCUAGGGAUUGCAGCGAAGUGGAGCUGUCCUACUUAAAAAAUAAGCAGGGCGGAACAGGACGAGAAAAAAUCUACACCAUAGACUCUGACCGGGAGCUGAGUCUGCAUUCGGAACCCGUACAUUUUAGAGAAAACAGAGGCCUUGCGGCUGAUGAUUUGGAUUUCCCUGAAAUGUACUCUGACCAUAAUGACAACUACAGGAAGUGCGACCAACCCAUCAUCCAUUUGAACAGCAGUCCCCUCCAUCACACUGAUGUGGACCUCCUGCCAGACAACGUGUUCAACAAGCAUUACAGCUUAAAGGACAAGAACCCCAGUCCACAUGAAGGCAACGACCGCUACAAACAAACCCACUGUCGGAGUUGCCUGUCAAAGGUACCCAACUAUGCGACAGGACCCUAUGGCCCCAUGCGCUCACCUUACAAUCGAUGCGAGGCCUGCGUCCACAUGUGCAACCUGUAUGACAUUAGUGAAGAUCAGAUGUUGCAGGAGGCCAUGAUCAAUCCCAGCAUACAGCAAGAUGACUUGUUCAGCCAUUACUGGCCCCAGACAGAUGGGCCUCAUGUGCAGAAGAGGAACAAGCUACGGCUUAGUCGUCAGCACUCCGUUGACAACAUCAUGCUGGAGAAACCCAAAGAGGUCGACCUCAACAGGCCGGCACGCAGCGUCAGCCUCAAAGAGAAGGACCGCUUCCUGGAGGACGGCUCGUACGGAAACCUGUUCAGCAAGUCGGACAAACUGUUUGGCAGCAGGUCCAUGCUCUUCAACCACAACUUGGAGGAGAGCAAACGCAGCAAGUCGCUUUACCCUGAUCAUACAACGGACAACCCAUUCAUGCAGGCAAUACAGGAUGACACACGCCUAGUCCAUGGCAGGAGCUCGUCUGACAUUUACAAACAAUUUGCUCCUAUCAAAACGAGGAACGAAAACAAUCUGAGGUCCUCUGUGAAGUCCACUGCUUCAUACUGUUCCAGGGAUGGUCGAAUACCCAAUGACUUGUAUAUUUCAGAGCAUGCGUUGCCUUAUGUAGCCAACAAGACGAGUGCAUACUCAGCUCCUCGGGUCCUCAGUUCUUCUCAGUUCAGCAAUAGACGAGUGUAUAAGAAAAUACCUAGCCUUGAAUCAGACGUUUAAUGCUCUGUCGUUGUAUAAUUAAAAAUAAUUAUUCACUUAGGGCACCAUAGUCGGCCACAUGAUAAAAGGAAAAACUGCUAAGUACUCGAGUACUAUAUUUUGCAGCUAUCACUUUUUUUUCAUAUAUCAGUAGUCAUCCUCCUGAAUAGCGCUUGCCAAAGGUUUUCAGCAUUUGUUAUUUACCCUGUAGGAAAGCAAAUAUUUCCUGGGCAAGCCAUGAAAGCCCGGUUAGUCAGGUUUUAUGCUGGGGAAACUGGGUCCAGGGCUGGCUGACCCUACAGUCACCUCAGAGGUGUGUGUAUUAUUGAAAAGGCAAUUACUGAGACAGAUGGACCACUUUGAAGUGGGCCAGAUUGUAGCCUAGCCAUGGCGCUUUUGGAGUUGUUUACUGAAUAAACCUUAGGCAAGCAAGGAGUGUUUCAACAAAAGGAAGCAUAACAUUGCGUUGCUUUUAUUAUCUACUACUAUAGAGUUGGGAUUUUUGGCAUUCUAAUCCCUAUUUAGACCUUUAGAAUUUUAGCUUAUGUGGUAGCACAAUAAUCAUUAGUUACCCUCAUGUCCCUGCUUUUUAAACUUCUCAAUUACUGGCAGGAAGAUUCUUUUGCACGUAUUUACUUAUUUAUUUACCUAUUUAUUUAUUUUAUUAGAAAUACAACUCAUUUACAUUUACACGAAACAAUGUUUAUGACAGAUUAAAGCUGGUUGUGCCGGCGCAAUGAAAGCUUGACCUGUACCAAGUAAGUCUGUUUGGCCGAUUAAUGUCUGGGAAUGUUUUAUUGAUCCCCCAUCCGAAACUCCGAAACAGGGUACUGACAAUUUUUUUUGGUUGUCUGUUGACUUUACAUUUGAACUUAACUUGUAAUCCAUUACAUUGAGUACUUGAGUGCACUGUGAAAUCAGAGCAUUACUGAAUGACUGUUGUGUACUUUUUGCCGGGUGGCUGCAAUGCCUACAGUAUGGUUGCUGCGCUCUUGCCAUUAGGUCAUUUCCAAACAGCUUAGAUAAGUUCAAAUAUAAAUGUUGGGUUUCACCAAGUUACCUGUUCAUCAGUUAUUAGAUCAAAAUGCCUAAUACCUUGGCAGUGUUAAGGGUUCUGUAAGGGUUCUUAGCUUCCUAAAAGGGUUCUGCUUGGAAUGGAAAAUCCUAAAUUGUAGGGUUCAAUAUGAAUAAAGAUUCCUCAAGAGGAACAAACUGAAGCACCAUUUAGGAUUCUAGAUAAGUACUCUUUAGGGUUCUGAACAACAAAUAAAUUGGUAGCUUGGUGUACUUUUGGGCUCUCAAGAAUGGCCAACUCAACAGCCAAAGGUAAUGAAAGUGCUUUAUUGUAGGAUUCUACAUUAGAUUGCAGGAUUCCCUCAAAAUAAUAAACAGAUGUACCCUUUAGGUCCUUGUUUUACUCUUAUUUCCUAAGCAUAUAAGGUAUUCUGCUUCAAUAACUAAUAAAUUGGGAACUUGCAUAAUUUCACUCUCUCAACAGAUUCAUAGCUGUACUCUUGGGAAAAGGAUCCCCCAAAGGUUUGUUGUGUAGUUAAGGGUUCUUAGCUUUAUAAACAGGCUCUACUUGGAACUCUGUUAAGGAAAACGGACUAUUGUAGGAUUCUACUUUAUAUUGAAGGAUUUCUCCCUGAAGGACAAGCCGUCAUUCAAGUACCCGUCUGCACUUAGGUAUCCUGAUUGAAUAAACUGGCAAGUUGGUGUACUUUUUCCUCUCAGAAGGAUCACCAACUCAAUGGACAAAACCUCUGAAAAUUGUCUUCUGCAGACAUGAUUAGUACUGUAGUCUAUGGGGAAAAAGGGUUCCUCAAGGGUUCUUUGGAUAGGUAAGAAUCUUAACUUUUUUACUUAGAGGUAAGAGGUAAGUUUACUUAGAACCCUCUUAGAAAGGGAAACCCUCUUUUGUAGAAUCCAACAUAAAACCUUUAAGGAUUCUCCCAGAAAGUCAAACUGAAGCACCAUUUAUGGUUCUAGAUUUAAAAAAAUUUCCAUAAAAGUAUAAGGAAUUCUGAUUGAACAACUAAUAAAUAGGAAGCAUGGUGCAGUUUUGCUCUCUCAAAGAUUUUAGUAACUCUUUCACAGAGGACUACCAAGCCAACUUCUCUUAACAUCUUGUUCUACAAAGCUGCACUUAUGGAAAAGAAGGGAUCCUCAAGGGUUCCAUGGAUAAGUAAGGCGUCUCGGUUUCUAAAGAGGUUCAACUUGAAACCCUCUCUGAAAGGAAAACCCUCAAUUCUAGGGUCCAAGUGUAUUUAGAACCUUUAAGGAUUUCCCCUCAAGUGGCAAACUAAAGUACCCCUCUAAAGUUCUAGAUUUAUGUAUUCUGGUUGAAUAACUUAUAAACUGGAAACUUGGUGUACUUUCACUCUCUUAAAGAUGGCCAACACACUGGCCAGAACCUCAUAAAAUCUUCUGCUGCAAACCUGAUACAGAGCUGCACUCUUAGGAAAAAAGCUUUCCUCAAGGGUUCUUUGAAUAGGUAAGGGUUCUUAGCUUUCUAAAGGAGUUCACUCUUGUGAAUUCACAAGAGAAAACACUUUAUGGUAGAACCAUAUAGAAGGUUCUACAUAGAACCUGUAGAAAAUGGAGAAAAUUAUAGAUUUUUAAAGAACCUUUCAGGAUUCUAUGGUUUCUAAGAGUGCUUAUGGUGAAUUUUGUAUUGAAUUAGACCUUAUAUCCAAAUCCAAUACCUCAGGAUCAUUCUCUGUUGUAGACGGUCAUCGGUUCUAGUUCAAUCAAGUACAGUUUGCUGAUUUCUCUUCUCUAACUCACUUACAAAAGCUUCAUUAAUGCUUCCUCCUGACUAGGAUUCUGAAGACCAGAAUCACUCAAGACUUUCCGAGGUUCAUUUCAGGCAACUAUCUGAAGCUCUUAAGGAAUAAAACAUAAUGUGGUAUGCACUGGAAAGUAAUAAAUGAUUUAGUAGUGUGAUGUUCCAGAUUCGAAACAAGUUAUUAUUAUCACUCCAAAAUUGUUUAUUUUAAAAUAGCAACACAUCCCAAAGUGUUUUAUAACUCUUAUACCAUAGCAAUUUGCCAAUGAUUAAAAUUUUUAUGUAUAAAAGAAUGGCACGCUGUACUUUUUUAUCCGUUUAUAGUUACAUUUAAUGUUGUGGAACAUCUGCAAAAGAAGUUCUCACUUACGUUGUAGCAUCUAUAAACAGUCGUUCCCUUACCAGUCUCUUCUUUAUUCUCUCUUCAAGUUGAUAAAGCAAGAAACAAGCUGCACAAGUCCCCGUGAAUAAGCUGUUACUAAAGAAAUGAUAAUGAUGAUGAGCUACCGUUGUAAAACUAAUAUCUUCUGACCAAUCAAAAUUACGAAUUUAACAUCAUUGUGGUAUAAGGAAGCAUAAAUGAGACAUUACUCUGGUUAUUUGAAAUCAGGAAAUUUCACUGGAUUGAAAUUAAUGACCACUGUGUUGGCCUUCACUUCAAAGCUCAAAAGCACACAUAUGUGUUGUGUUCAGCAAGUCAUUCUUUAUUCUUUCAUAUUUAUUUGAUUAUUUACUCGUCGAAGGUCUUUCAGUGGAGUCACUUUAAUAAGAAACACAAUUAGACACGAGUGAGCCAAGAGGCGUUUUUGCUCACCCAGCCAUGUUCGAAUCGAGAAUGCUGCUCACGACUCCAGGUCUUAUAUUUAAAAAAAUAAAAAUAAUAAUAAUGCAAGCUUUUUCUUUGGUUUUAAUGUAUUCAGAGGAUGAUGUUAUAUUACAAGACUAGCAUUUAAGGACAGAUGUUUAACGCUGCACUGGGCCAGUUUUCAUAUCACCAUCUCCCAAAGGGAUUCUUGCUCUUUCCUGUGAGAUUAAUCCAGUGUUCGGAGAACCUCUGAGAUUUAGAACCUUUAGUAUGUAUCAUGAACAUGUUUAUCUGAUUAAGUGCUGCUUGACGAAGCUAAUGUGUAAGUAAUAUGCACAUGUAAAAUAUCAAGGUCUUGUAACCAUGUAUGACAUUUAAUUUGAGGUUCUUUUUAAUGUCACACUCUUAAUAACUCUUAAUAAUAAUCCCGCUCCUUAAAUUGAGCAGUAAUGUAUUUUGAUUAUCUGAAAAAUAUUAGAGGCAUGCAACCCAACUGUAAUGCUUUAUACGCUUUUGUUAUGAUCUUACGGUCCACUUAUUUGUAACAGGGUGAAAAUAUUACCUGCUGUACAGAAACAGCACGAUCAUUUUCACGACGAUGCUGCUGUCGCUGUUGGAGGAAGGGGGAAAAAAUCCAGGUGUUUUGUUAUUCCGCAAACCACAGCUGUGUUUUUCUCCCGUGUCCCUGCUGUAAGGUGAAUAACCUCGCUUUAUUCCUCAGCAUCACCAGCUAUUUCACUCCACACUCCAGCUGUAAAGACGGGGGAAAAAAUCGUUUUCCGAGGUGACUGUACUCCCUCCCCCAAAGAUACAACCCCCUUUAUUUUUUCAUCUUUUAAUUGUUUUCUUUUUUAAAUGUAUUGUUUGCUGUAACAAUAGAGCUUUUAAAAACAAAUCCCUCAAGGACAGAAGGAACUAUUUUAAAUAUAAGACACAUGUAAAAUCAUUUGUAAAUUCAUAUUCAAAUACAUCAUUAUGGAAAAUAA